GUAACAGAAUGUAUAUCCACGCAAAAAUAUACUCUGCUUGGCUCAUUCUAAUUCUAGAAGGUAAGUGUUAAAAUCCUUUGCUUUUAAGAAUGGGAAAUCUAAUUAAUUCCUUUAUCUGAACAAGGAAUUACCUGCAGCAUUCUGAAUAUGGAGAGUUGCUUGGAUCGUUUCACGCCGAUGUUAAAUUUUUGUAGAUAAAAAGAACGUGAUAUGUUGAAAAAUACCUCGUUACGUGUCUCUCUACUAUAGUUUUGCUCGAUACAAACAAAAAAAUCAGGAUGACAAUGAGAAUGAAAAGAAAUAUUUUUGAGUGAGUUACUAAUAUUUACGGAAAACACAAGUAUUUUUUUAAUGUUUCAUCGAGUGCCUGGUAUAAAAUUGACAAGGUAUUUUAAAAUGCUUUGGUCAUUUGGGUUCGGGUAAAAAUAUGAAUUAUAUUUUCGCUUAUCAAUUAUUACGUGACGACAUCGAUAACGCGACCUCCAAUUUCUAAUUUCUAAUUUCUGUAUACUUUUCAGUAUCACUCAUAGUCAUAAAAACCUCAAUAUAACGAAUAUCUAUAUAACGAAGUCCUCGGUAUAACGAACGAGUUUCUUUACUUCAGUGCUAGUAAAAUAUAUGAAAAAGAACCUUGAUAUUAUGAACCUCGUUACAGCGAACAAAUUUUGCUAGUCGCUUGGCCCUUCGUUAGAUCAUGGUUCCACUGUAAGUAUGAUUAAAACACACCUACUGCAAUCAAGUUAACGGAUUAGUAAAAUAAGAAAAAAACCCUUUAUCCCAUCACCAUCGCUAAGAGAAUCUUCGAACAUGUUUUUGUUCACCUGAACACUUGACUUGAGCUCCUUUGUCGGGUUCAACAACCAUUCAGGAAUGCAGUCAAACUCCGUUAAUAAGGACACUGAGGGGCAAUAGAAACGGUCCGAUUCAAUUAAGCGGGUUGAAAUUAGGAAAACUUUGAGAGCUUACUUCUCCCAGGGACAGAAAAACUGUCCUUAAUAACGAGGUGUCUCUCCGUAUUAAGCGGGUGUCAAUAAAGUGGGUUUCGAUUGUAUAACCAUCUUUAGAAAUGGAACUUAUAAUUUACUCUUCGGAUUUCUUAUUUUUAAGCACCAGAACAUAAAAGCACCUUUUUUAUUGUUUUUGUUUUAGGUUAGUCAUUUGCAUGUUAUCGUUUGUUAUCGUGCGUCAGUUUCCGGGUUAACGUUCGGCUCUAUCCUUCUUUCAACAAUUUAAUUUGUUUCUUCUCUUUUACUUUUUGUGACGUACAAAUUCGAGAAGAUUUGCGCCAAACAUCAUUUUCUUUAAGUUAGUUGAUUGAUGGAGAUACUUGGACCAUCAUUGAUGUCAUCGAUGCCAUUUCCUAUUGGCAAGCCUGAUGUAGAUAGCUAGCAAUGAAAAUAACCACAAGUCAGUGUUUAUGUGACAUUUGACAGGUUAUAAUAAAACAUAUAUAAGGAACGAAGACUCUGUAAAGAAAAAAAGAUUAUAUUGCUUUAUUUGUGUCGGAAAAGUGUAACAAAUUGCUUUUCCAGAAUCGGUAGGUAAAGAAAAGAUGGAAUAAUUCUAAAUAAUUAUAAACAGGUAUUAAUAUGUUUAUGUUAAAUUAUUAAUUAAUAUAAACAAUAAGAGGAAGUUAAUGACCAGUAAGCAGACUCAUGAAUAAAAUUGAACAGAGCUUUACCCAUUCCUAAGGGUAAAACAAUUUGAUGGGCUCCCGCUUUUGUUCAUGUUCUUUGUUUUUUCUGUUUUAUUCUAUAUCCGAUGGGCAAAAGAAUAAGAAAAGAGUUUUUCCUAUGUAUGCUAUGCUAUUUGUCCACUUGUUCACAGGCUAUAUAUACUAUAACCCUCGUUUCCGCGCUACUCUCCCCAGAUCAUCCUGCGCUACCACCAUUUUAGAAUAAGGUGUAUAAAAAGUACUUGUGAAAGAUACUGUCUAAUCCUUACUCUCUAAUUAUUUUGCUGAAUGGUUCAGUAUAUAAAACAAAUUUCAGAAGAACACUUUAUUGACAAUAACCUUUUAGCUCAUCUCUGUUAAAACAUUUUAUUAAUAUAAAACUGGCGAAUUUCUUUCAUUUUAUAUGUUAAGGGGUAAUGUAACUCAGAUCCAAAAAAAAGCCUCUCAAGGGCCUGUGUAAUAUAUAUCCAGCAUAAAACUGCAGUAUUGAAAAUUUUAAGCAAAAGAGCUGUGCCGGUUGACCUGUCCUACUGAUAAGAGAACAAACUCCUCAAACCCCGUAAUCGUAAAGUAGAACCCCGUUAACACGGUCACUCAAUGGGCCAAAAAAAUUUGGCCGUAAUUACAAGGUGACCUUAUUAAUAAGGGUUUCUUUACUGAAGAAAAAGUAUGGUCGUUUUUGCCAAGCGGCCAAAAAAAAGUACAAACUGAUAAACCCAAAGAACUACAAAAAAGUGACCGUAAUAACGAGGUGACCGUAUUAUCGAGGUGGCCGUAUGGCGGGGUUCCUUUGUAUUUUCAACAAUCCUAUACUUUAUCUCGUUCUAAUAGGUCUAACAAGGUGCUCUGGUCAAGAGGGAGAGCUAACAAGAUUUCUUCUGAACACUAAUCACUACAACAACAAGUUUAGACCGGUUAAAGACGAUAACACCACAGUAAAUGUCGAGCACAGUUUGAUUUUGCAAAGGAUAGUGAAAGUAGUAAGUUGCUUUGAAAUACAGUAUGUAUUGUUGUUGUGCCUAAUGGCAAGAAAAGCGACUUCUUUAAAUCCCAUCUUAAGUCUUUAAAAAAUCGCCUUGGCCUACGCUACACCAGAAAUCUUUCCUGAGGGAACAACAUCAGUACGUUCUGCCGUCAAACCCGGCUUACAUAAUGCCGGGUAAUAGAUGCUGGGAACUUGUUUCGAUUCGUGCAUAAUGCACCGAAACUAUUUUACUUUCGUUUCUAACAAGGCGAUUGGACCUUUGAAUGUCGGAUGCCUUUUACUAGCCUGACUCUUUUAAUAAUCAUCUUACUGUUUCCUAUAGUACUUUACUGAGACAGGAGUCAGUGACCAGAGGCUCCUGACUGAGAUUAGUAGCUUUGUAUGAAAUGCUUUUUGCCCCGCCAGGUACGAAAUUUCUGUCAAUUGUCCCUGUUACCAUUUUCUCACUGGUCACGCCUUAGAUUCCUGCUAGAAGAGGUCUAUUUUCCCUGAAUACUAGGGAAAAGAGACCUCUCCUAGCAGGGGAGGCUUUCAUCGCCCCACAUAAGGGAACUGUCUUGGAUUCUGGAUUCCACGAACUGGAUUUCGGAUUCCUUAUCAGUGAGACUUGGAUUCCGGAUUCAUUGAGCUGAAUUCCGGAUCCAAAGCCUUGAAAUACCGUAUUCCAAAAGCAAACAUUUCCUGGAUUUACCUUACAUAGGGCGACUUUCAACAGAGAGCAGGCAUUUUAAUUUCAUGUUCAGUUUAGAUUUCUUCUUGUACUAGUAAUAAUAGGAAUCAACACCAUUCUACGUGCUAAUUAAUCAUACCAUUUUUUCCAUGAAUAUAUAUAUUUUUUCUUUUCCUCUUCAGGAAGAAAAAUACCUCAGAAUUGCCUUAGAUGUAAUAAUUAAAAUGGUAAGGCAUGAAUAUUAGUAAAUAAAUAAAUCUUUCUAAAUUCCAUUCGAAGGAGAAUGAAAAAUAAGCGGUAGUACGCAAAAGUAGAGUGAGAGGAGUGUCGGCACUGCUGAAAUCAUGCGAGUGGGCCAUUUCUGAGUUCCAAAACUUUCACUAUCAAACCUUGGACAAGUGUAAAAACAUUCUUGUGAAAAUGAAUUUUAUUUGCUUGUGGAUCAAAAAUCAUUUUCAUGGCUUUGCACUUAGCCUCGCUAUGAAACAGAGGCUUGAGGAAACCCGCAAAUAGCCCAUUGACUGAUGCGCCACCGUUAUCAUUUUAGAGGGUCGGCGUGGUAGAGUGGUUUCGGUGCCUGACGUUUUUUAGACAUCUUAGGUUCAGGUUCCGCUCUGACCACUAACUGGAGCUCUUUCGUGGUACUCCCGAGUUCAUCGAUCACGUUUUGGGAUAACCAAGAGAGGCUUCACUCUCAGUUCUGUUGACUUUUUAACCAUAUUAUUACACAGUAAUCCUUACAUGUAAGAAAUAAUUCUCCUCUCGUCACUACACUGUUAAAUAAUUUAUUUCAGCAAUGGAGGGAGGAAAAUUUAAAGUGGAAUUUUUCUCAAUUUGGCGGGAUAAAACAGAUUAAUUUGGGCAAUAAAGAUAUCUGGACGCCGCAGAUUAUUUUAUACAACAGGUAAGAAGACGUAUCAUUCACCACUUUAGAAAAGAAAAAGGAACUGGAGCUCAAAUCAGUCUCGCCAUUGUUUCUAUGAUCGUUACUUACCUGGACGCGCGGGUCAGCCAUCGGCCAAUUUCUUUCUCUAUCCAUUAUGUAAUACAGAGAAACCCCGCUCCACGGAAACCCGCUUAAUACAGACAACCGUAUAUAACGGACGGUUUCGUUUGUCCCGACGGAAAGCUCAAAUAUUUUCUCAUAAAUUAUCCCCGUUAAUACGGAAAACGGACACUUUUCAGUGUCCCGAGUCGCAAACAGACUCACGGACACUUGUUACCCUGCGCAUUGUCUAUUUUAUUAAACUUAACAGCAGCUAUUUAAACUUAACGGCAGCGCCGGGACGAAAAGGCUUCUAAAAGAUAAAAUUACCACAUCCAUGAGAAACAACCUGAACAUUAUAAUUCAAAGUUAAAACCAAUUCCAAAAAAUCCGAAACUCAGUAACACAUAGCUUCUUGUAAACAAAGUCUCUCCCUAUUUUAAUGAAUUUUGUUCUGGUUCCUUGUUUUCGCCUUCGUAGGUGGAAAAAAAAUGUUUGUUUUGUUGAGAUCUCUUGGCGUUAAUUGCCUUCCUUGCGAUUUAGAGAGAUCCAGAAUCACGUUUACCUAAAUGUCGAUGAUUUGUACCACGUGACUAAGUUUUCCGUUUACUUGUCGUUUACUGUUUAUUAUGUCCACACGGAAAUUAGUAGUUUCAUGUCAAGCGCAUCCACACUAUUUACAUUUAUUUUUAAUUAUUUUGGACAGUUUUUAUUCAACCAUUUCUUAAUUUGACAAACUGUCAAAUUGAACUAUCUGAUGUUUGCCGUUUGUCGUAAAUGUGAUUUGAAAACUCUCUGUCAUAACGUCUUAAGUCUGCGCGCGAAUAAUUUUUGGUUGGUAACAGCAGCAACCUCUCUCCGAUCCUUUUUCUUGGUCGGAUUUACUUGAACAGGGAGCGGCCUUGGAACCAAGUAUGAAGCGGGCAAGAAAGCAGCUGGUGAUAUACCCCCUCCCCCCCCCCCCCCCCCCCCCCCCCCCCCCAAAAAAAAGGCGAGGAAGCCAUCACAAUUCCAGUCUAAGUUCCACGUGAUGAAGAAACCAGAGCCAGCCAAAAACCACAGAUUAAGGCCGUGCAUUUGACUUCUAACGCAUGUGCAAAUAUCUUUUGCCAAAAUACGUGUGGCUUGUCUUAUGCAUUGUUAGGUUUUAUUUUCCUCAUAUCCGCUUAAUAUUCAGCCAAGAAUCAGCGCUUGAGCCUUUUAAUAGAGUUCUUGCCACCAGAGGACGUAAAAAAAUUAAAACCGAAAACAAUUAGAUUGUAGGGGUUUGUUACUAUAUUGUGUUAAAUUGUUACCAGAAUUGGAGCAAGCUACGUCUUUUAAUGAAUAUGCUGAUGAACCCUCGGGUGACAAAAUUAAAAUUGAUAAGGGAAAACAGCUUAUUCCGCUCGAGAUUUAUUAUCGUUAAGUAGAAAAAAAAAUGCAUAGGUCUGAUACCAGAUUCUCAACUCAUUAAUAAGUACAUACUAAUCGGAGCAAAUGGUCUCUCUUGUAAAAUAAUUGACGAAAACUCAGUACUUUAGUCCAUAAUUACAAGUUGUGGCGCAAUGCCCCGGAAGCUUGAAAAUGGCUAGUAUGAUCUUAACAUUAUAUUGCCACCUUACAAAGGUUGUAACUUGGCCGAACAUAACAAAACAGAAACGUGAUUAAUGAGAACAAGAGCGAUAUUUACACAGGAGUAACUAUAAGAGUGGUAAGCUCUUUCUCUAAAGUUUUUAUAAUCUACCGAACGUGCUUGACAGUUGAAUUAAUUGCACACAUCCCAAACCCUGACGAAGUACGCCAGCCUCACGGAUAGACGCUGAAAUGGCUUUCCUUGGGCUUAUACUGUUGUUCAUAGAGUGUUUUCUCGGUGGCUUCCUUAUAGCGUACUUUCUAUGUUCUGACGGCGGAUCGUGCAAAACCAACGCUUUCGUUGAGUCAGGAAAAGACAACGAAAAGGAGGAGGAACUGACAGAAGUUACAGUUGAAACCAACGGCCCUGAACAGUUCGAAAAGAUAAGUUCAAACGAUGCAAAGCAGCAACUUGAGGAUUAGUAAAAAGACAAUAACGAGAGCGAGGAAAUUCAAACAGACUGUAAAGCGAGCGAAGACAAACAAAAAGAGGCACACCAAGAAAUCACCGAGGAGGAUUAACUUCAACUGACUGAUGUGCUCAAAAUCGUUCAUUAUGACAUUCAAGGACAAAUCGGCCUCCUUUUUAAUAGGUUUCUAAUAGGUUGCUUCCCAAGAGUUGUAAAUAGCUUUUAAAAGUUGUGUUUAGCAUUUCAAAUAUGCAUUUUAGUUUGUGUUCAGUCAGCGGCGAUCUAUGACCUUUGCGGUCACUUCAGUUUUACGACUCAACGAAUACAAACUCUUUAGAUUUAUAGAUUUCUGUCUUGAGAACAAAAUCUGAUGCAAUAAAUUAUUUGUUUACUCAUAUUACCUGUUUACUACGCUACUUGUUGUACAAGUUCGUUCCGACCGUUUUAAAACGUCCAACUUUGGAAAAGAAGAAGCAGCAGCAGCAGCCAAAAAAAAAAACAAACAAACAAAAAAACAAUUCAACACACAUAUUCCUCCGAUCGCAUAUGUAAAUAGACCACAACGGAAAUACUGAGGAAGAACCGAAUGCAGAUCCUUGUUUGGAAUUACAACUAUAGUGGACUGACAAUCAAAUUUUAACGUCUUCAAUAGACCUCCAAAUUACCUUUCCUAACCGGCUCUUUACCUCCUUGAUAUCUGCUAUCUCAGGAGGAUUUUCCUUCAACUUAAAUUAUUAGGAGAACAGCUAAAAAAAGAGAAAAUCGAAAGACACACGGAGUUCCGACGUCACUUUCGCAUUACCCAUAGUACACCCAAUCCCCUUUCGAAUUUUGCAUCAGCAUUGUUUUCGCUUUCCCUUGUGACGAUUCGAUUUUUUUCUUUAUUACUUAGAGGAAAUGGAAAACAAUUCUUAUGCAAAAUUUUGGGCAAUAACCAACGCGGAUUAUGUGAAAGUGGCAGAUUUCAGACCUUUAGCAGGUGGGUUCAUUCCACGUGCGUUUUUAACUGAAAAGGAGGUUUCACGUGUUCGGAGCUGAGUACGGCCUGUUUCAAACGUCGAAAAUCCAAAUAUGCCGACUUUAAUACUAACGAGGAAAUCCAAGUUGCUCUCGCUCAGUUGCAAAACAUAUUCGGUUUCCAUAAUAUCUGGAUUCAUGUGUACGGGGCCUUUAACCCUUUAAAUCCUGAGAUCAAAAUUUGAAUUCUUAUUUGUUGCCCCUACUCAUUUCCUGCAGAAGUUUAUUUAUACUGUAUGUGAUGAGAGGUUAAAAAUGGUCAUGAAUAGACCCUUUCACUUUGUUUUCAAAUUUUGACUGGAAGCACUCUAGUAAGCAAAAAUCUGUCCACACCGAUGAAAGAACGCCUUAAAUUAAUGUAAUUAAAGUUGCCAAGUUUGAAAGCGAUAUGUUGAAAACUAACGAAGAUAUAGCUCUGCAACGUCUCUGAAUUUUACAGUCGGUUGUUUUGCGAAGAGUGCAGAACAAAAACAGCUGAUAUAAAAAAAAAAAUUUAAGAUGUAGUCACUGCGAAUUCUGCAAAAACAUUUUGCUUUUUCAUAACUACUUGAUGCUAUUUGAUGACACACGAGAUUCCUUGGACAGUGAGUUUAAUUUGCUAAACCUACAUGACUGCAGAACCAUACACAAUCACGCUGACGCUCUGAUUAUCACAUUCGUUAGCAGAAUUUAUUGCACGUUUUCUCUUAUACUUUGCACGACUCUAAAUCAACACCCAUACGCGCCACGCUUGUUUACAUUUUAUAGUCACACUACCUUUUAAACAAAAAUUUAUUUCACGUUCUACUCACGUUAUAGAUCCGAAUCAACACACAUUCUCACCAUAGUUGCAAAAGCUUUACUUCACUUUCUACUUUUUAUUUUACACGAUUUUAAAUAAUAAUAUAAUAAUAAAAACACUCUCCCCAGAAUCGAAUUCGCACUCAUAUUCACAUUGCAUCUGUGGCAGAUGUUCUUAUUUCACGUUCUUCUUUCUAUUCUCCUUUGUUUAGACUCCAAACAAAAACACAAUCGCGCCCACGCUCACGAACACAUUCUUGUUUUAGUAGAUGGCGGUUAGGUCACGUUCAUGUUUUCACUAAACGGGGGUUUCACGUGCCAACAAGCCAUGCAGACUUAAAUAUGGUUAUCUGUUGAACUUAAUUAUAUUAUAAAAAGCAAGUCAGUGUUUGUUGACUCCCGCAAUCAGUGCUAUACUAAAUACACACCAAGUCGAAUGCGGAUAAAUCAUUGUAAAGCUUAAAUAAUAAACAGUGAAAAAACACAUGAAAAUUUCAGUAUACCUUGCAACAACUUCAGCCAGCUACGUAUAUGUAACUAAAACAGAACAAAAUAUUCUAUCUGAAUCUAAGAUCUCUGAAUCUUAGAUUUUAUUGUAUACUUUCUCUAAACUUUUUACUUGAAAUAUUUGGAUAAUAACGUCCAAGUUUAUUUAUUUUUCAGCAGGUGUUUCUCUUUGCGUGUACUUUACAACUAAAAAAAAUUAACACGUGUUCAGUAUAUAUCUGGUUUUUUCGCGCCAACACUUCCCGUACCUCUGGGAAACUAGCCUGCGAGCAAGCUCUCCGGGGUGCUCUGGCGGCGGGGCGGGAAAAGGAACUACGUCUCUGAAAUUUGAAUUCCACAUCCAAUUCCCCUGUGGCUCCCGCCAAACAGCGCGAAGCAGAAACAAGGGUGAAUGUAAACAAAUACAGAAAAAUACGUGCCUAGGUUAAUGACGUCAUUACUAAUGUCAUCUCCGCCAAUCAGCAUUUCGCACGCUUGGGCUACUCUACGUUAAAAAGCUAAAACUUGUCUUCGCAGCCAUUGAAUUCCAAACCUAAGGGUCUAGAUUUUUUUUUUAAGACUAUAUUUAGGCUUUGAAACUGUUUCGUGUUGUCUGUUGCAACGAAUGACAAGGAUGGACAUGGAUUGAAACUUGAAAAAGUUGGGCCAUCAUCAUCAUCAUCAUCAUCAUCAUCAUCAUCAUCAUCAUCAUCAUCAUCAUCAUCGUCGUCGUCGUCGUCGUCGUCGUCUUCAUCAUCAUCAUCAGAGUUUUUAUUCACUCUUGACAGAGGAACCCCUCCCUGGAUCGAUCGCACAGGUGUCUGGACUUAGCUAAUCUUGACCAUGAGGGUCCGAUCCGUUUGGUGAGAUCGUCUCUCCAUCUUGUUUUUGGGCGACCCUGUUUUCUGGUCCAGUCUAUUGGGGUCCACUCUGUUGCUCUGAUAGGGUAUAUGUCAAUUAAUAAUAAUUAACUUUAAAAACUUCAGUGAUAACACAGGUACCUAUAAAGCUCCUUUCCUUUCUGUUCAACGAGUCUUCGGGCAAUCUAAUACUGUGCCAAAGGAAAAAUAUUGGUUUAUUAAAGACAACAUUCUUUUACGAGCUGUAUAUUCCGUUACAUUACCGAAGAGAAUUCUUACGUAGUGAUCGUCCCGUGCAGGAUAAUAUAUAAAGACAGUAUUGGAUUCCGGAUUCCAAGCACUGGAAUCCAGAUUCCAGGUAUUGGUAUUUCAGUGGAACUUGAAUUCCGGAUUCCAAUCGUUAGUGGGAUUCUAGCUUCUUGGAGCUGAAUCCCUGAUUCCAAAGCCCAGGAUUCCGGAUUCACAAGCAAAAAUUGAUCGCAUUCUGGGGAGAUAGUGAGCAAUUAACUUGACGUCUUCUAUCAUGUUUCAGGGCAGAUACCGACGAAUCUGAAACAGAGUCUUUCAAAGCCACCGUGACGUACGAUGGGAAUGUCACGUGGCUGGUACCAAAGGUUACCAAGAGUUCCUGUCAAAUAAGUGUUGAGCACUUUCCCUUGGAUGAGCAGGUUUGUUUAUGUGACUUUCUCUUAGUUACAAUGUAUCUUCUUCCUUUGAUUUCACUUCAUUAAGGCAAAACCUUGUUCCUUUUGUUUGUUGCCAGUUGGCAUUCUCUUAAUUUAUCGUAUUUAUCGCCGGGGUUGGAGGGGGGAGGGGAGGAUUUGGGGCUAAACAAGGUGAAAUUUAGCCGAUCCGCCCUUGAAUGUUACUUCACUUCAGUGAUCCCCCCUAAUAACUUUUGAUGACUUUCGCGAUCCCCCCCGCCCCCCCCUCAUUAAUAAUGAACGGUCCUUAAGUCCAUUUAUAGCUCGCCCCAUAGAGAGGCAGUCUUGGAUUCUGCAUUCUGGAUUCUAGGCCGUGGAUUCGGGAUUCCUUGUCAGAGGAACUUGGAUUCCGAAUUCCAAUGGUUAGCAGGAUUCCGGAUUCCUUGAGCUAAAUUACGGAUUCCAAAGCCCAGGAUUACGGAUUCCACAAACAAAAUUUUCCGAAUUCCGGAUUUUAAAGCAAAAAAAUUCCCUGGUUCCCUUCCGGAAUCCGGAAUACCUUACAUGAGCCGAUCUAGCAUAAUCGAGUUAUCACUUUAGGGUUUACUCCUUCUAUAUGGAUAGCUGAAAUUAAGCCAGUCUUAACAAUUGUAAUAUUUUUAGAUGUGCAAAUUAACGUUUGGCUCAUGGAACCAUGACAUUACGAAGCUCAACAUCUCCGCUGCCAGUCGGACUGUCUUCACAAGCGAGUACAUCCCCAAUGGAGAAUGGGUUCUGAUCAGUGCGCGCUCUGAAAGUAGCCUUAUGUCACAUCUCUGCUGCAAAAACAUGGUGUCUGGGGUAUCUUACGUGCUCCAUAUCAGGCGUCUUCCGCUGUUUUAUGUCACAAAUUUCAUCAUACCGUGUGCGCUUAUAUCUGUUCUGACACUCCUGGUGUUUCUCAUGCCUGAAGGUUAGACACGCUGCUUUAAUAUUGUAAAUUAGUUUUUCAGUCUGAGAUGAUAAGGAUUAUAAGUGAUUAUCCUAAAGGGAUUCUUAAACUGGUGUUUCAAACGAUAUUGAGUCACACAGCACGUUGAUCUAAGGAAUCAGUAGUGAAUUAUAUGCGGCUUUUGAUUUAACAGAGCAACACUACUGGUGGCCUGGGAACUAGACAUCAGGCAUCCAGAGUGAGCGUGUUACGUCAGCUUUGACAAAGAUGAUCGGAGCUGGAAGUGUUAACAAUUUACCUUCAUUUCCGAACGACAUAUUUUUUUUUACACAAUUUAAGCUCCUCACGUAGUUAUUCCAUCCCAAGGAGGGUCGUCGCCCAGCUGUCUGUUUUUCUGACGGUUCUAUUCUAUGCUUUCGGCCAGUCAGCCAUUUAUUUUAAUACUCAGUCAGUCAGUCAGUCAGUCAGUCAGUCAGUCAGUCAGUCAGUCAGUCAGUCAGUCAGUCAGUCAGUCAGUCAAAGACUCAGCUGGCCACUCAGAAAGUUCACGGUCAAUUGGCUAAUAAUUCGAACGGUAAAUAUUACCCUCCCGACGAGUAACACACAGAAAAGCAGUCAGUUAAAUUCUACUGGUGAUCAAACGUUUCUGUCUGCCUUCAUCUGUAGUAUAUUUUCUUCGUUGUGUUAAAUUCAGACACUGGUGAACGAAUGGCAGUGGGAGUCACAAUUCUUUUAUCCCUUGCUGUAUUUUUCUUGAUGGUGGAAGAGAAAAUGCCCGUUUCAGAGGACCUUCCGUUGAUUGGUAAAUACUACAGUUGCACCAUAAUAGAGGUAUCAGUAUCUCUAGCUGCCAUGUGUUAUGUACUGCGCUAUGUACACCAUAGGUCUGGUCCAUUGCCUCACUGGAGAAAGGUCAGUAAAACACUAAAAUUUAAGAUUCGGCCCAUGCAAGGGAAUCCAAGUCAGUCUUGGAUUCUGGAUUCCACCUGUGGAUUCCGGAUUCCAUGAACUGGAUUCCAAGUUUUUUGCCUGUGGAACUUGGAUCGUUAGUGGGAUUCCGGAUUCCUUGUUCUGUAUUCUGGAUUCCCAAGGCUUGCAUUCCGGAUUCCCCAACUCAAAUUUCCCCCAUUCCGGAAUCCGGAUUCCUUUACAUGGGGCGACAAAAUGUUCUCAUCUUACUCAUCUAAUCAGCUGAAGCCAUUUAACGACUUGGGAUUCCGACCUGACUUGCAGAAGCGCAUCAGUUGAACUAACCAUUCGAUAAUCGCUACGUGACAAACUGGAGAUCAGAGAGGAGUUUUUAGUUCGUAAACUACCCCGUGAUAAUGAAAAUUAAGAUGAAUUUGGUUUUGUAACACGAUUGAUAAGUGAGAUAGUUUUUUAUGUUAUCCGAAAGAAAUUGUCUGUUACUUAUUUCAAUACCUUCAAAGUGGAGCCCGUUUACGAACUAAACUCUAUAACUAUAAUCGGCCGGUUUUUAAUAUCCGCCCAUCCCUCACACGACUUUCCCUUCUCCCUCCUGAAUCGGGCCCAGAUUUAACUCCCAACUGUUGUUAUAGUUGUUUAAACCUUCCUUGGUGGGAGGAAGGGGUGGAUGGAGGGGGUGGGGGGGGAGGAAGAUGCGUUUUCAGGGCUCCUUUUUCUCGAUGAACACCAACCUUUUCAUUAGAAGGCCAGCAAUUUGAGUUCAAUAAACGUGGCAAUAUGCAAAUUAUUGCAAAUUAAAGAAUGAUUUCACACUUUUGAGAGACUUAAUUGUUUUCAAGAAAAUUCAUUGUUACAUUCACUCGACCAUUCGACUGACAAAGCAGGCUUUUCGUCCGAAAUUCACGAAAGGCCUUUUUUGUUUGCCAGAAAUACAUUCUAGGUUUUUUGGCGCGGGUAGUUUUUUACAACACCGGACACACAGAAACGCGUGAAAACAAGGCACCGAGGGCACAACUACAACUGGACACUCGAGGUUCCCGAGCGACCGAAGAAGAAGGCCGGACAAAAGCAAGGAUUACCAUGAAAAAGUGGAAAAAUCGUAAGAUGAGGGACUUUUUAGCUCAUAGAUUUACCGGUAUUUUCUAUCUCCAGACUAUAGAAUGCAACUGGCAUGGCAACAGCAAUUGUUUUAUGGGGAGGAGGCCUGACGAAUGCUUUGUUGCCACCCCUCCCCUGCUUCUUCUUACCCCUACUCCAUUCGUAUUUACCAAGAUCUCUUUCUCCUUUAUAAUUUCUAUCCACAAACGCAGCCAUGCACUGGCAAGAUUCCUGGGUCCUCACGGCUGUAGAGUGGGCAUAAUCAGUGUUUUGAGUGUAGUUUUUUUUCAGGUUGGUGUUAUGCGAAAACAUAAAUAGCGAUUGUGGUACCUUCCAUGCACUGACUUCGUUCUAGAAAUCUAUAACCCUUCUUGUACCUAACAAACCUCUUUUUUUACUUUUUCUUUUUUUGUUCACUCAGCAACGAUUCCAAAACAGAAAUCCGACCUCCCAGUAGCCGAGUCUCGAGCGGUCAAAAUUCUCGCGGAAAACGUUAAGGAAAAUGACAAGACGGAUGAAAUACACGAACAAUGGCUGCUAGCGGCGAAUGUUCUUAACAGGUUCUUCAUUUGGCUGUUUCUUAUCGCAGUUAUCAUCACUAUUAUAGCUGUGUUUACUGAGGAUACAAGGAGACUUGAAACUUAGAUAUCACUGAACCCAGGUUGAAAUUUCAAUGGAUUUGAUCGAGAGGCGAUCGACGUUUUGACUGAAAGAUGAGAAACGAAAGAACGAUGGA